AUGUAUCAAUCAGUUGAAACAGGAUUUCCAAGUUCUAAUGAAACGAAUGAAACUAACUAUUUAAACUGUGUAUCUUCUGGAAUUCGAAUAUCUUUACAACAAAUGGCAGAACUAGGAGAGCAACGUUAUAAUACCUUAAAUCCUCAACAAAAACAAAUAGUUGACGUGAUGUUCGAAGCGGUUCAUAAUUCUAAUUAUACUGGUCCUAGGUGCAUUUAUAUGGAUGGACCAGGAGGAUCUGGAAAAACUUAUGUUUAUGAAACGUUAUAUUAUAAACUAAGUUCUGAAAAUAUUAAAAUAUGCUCCAUGGCAUUUACUGGAAUUGCAGCUACAUUACUUCCAAAUGGCAAAACUGUACAUAAAACGUUUGGAUUACCAGUACCUAUGUUUCAAGAUUCUUCUUCAAAUAUCAAAGCACAAUCUCUAGAAGCUCAAGUACUAAGAGAAGUCGAAAUAUUUAUUUGGGAUGAAAUUUCAAUGGCUCCGAGAUAUGCAUUGGAAAUUGUAGAUAAAACUUUAAAAAAUUUUAUGAACAAUGAUUUGCCAUUUGGAGGAAAAAUUAUAAUAGUCGGAGGAGAUUUAAAACAAUUACUACUAAUUAAAGUUGGAGGCACUCGAAGUGAAAUAUUAAGUCUUUGCGUAAAAUAUAGCGCACUGUGGAAACACUUUAUUAAAUUUACUCUAAUGACAAACAUGAGAGUUUUACCAAAUGAAAUAGAAUUUUCCAAAUUUUUAUUAGAUGUAGGUCAUGGAACAUUGAAUGAUCAAAAUGACUGUAUAAAUCUCCCUGAACAUUGCAUACUUCCUCCAACUGCUAAUAUAAUUGAAAGUAUAUUUGGUAACUUAAUUCGGGAAAAAAAAUUUCAAGAAAUGAGUAAAUGUGCCAUUUUAUCAGCCAGAAAUGUGGACGUAGACGAUAUUAAUAAACAAAUAACUAAUUUAUUGCGCAAAGAUUUUGAACGUAUAUAUACUGCUAUUGAUACCGUUGUAAAUAAUAACGGUGAAUUAGACGACCUUAUUUUACCAGAACAUUUGCAUAAUUUAAAUCAAUCAAGUUUAUCACCUUACGAAUUACGCUUGAGAAAAAAUUGUACUGUAAUGCUAAUUAGGAAUAUCAGUAAUAAUGAAGGCCUGUGCAAUGGAACGAGAUUGCAAAUACUAGAUUUAUCGAAUCACUUAAUAAAAUGUAAAAUUUUAACAGGUGAUAAAGUUAACGAAAUUGUCUUUAUAAAUGGUAUAACUUUGUACAGUGAAAAGGAUUAUUCAUUCACAUUCAAGAGAAGACAAUUUCCAAUCAAACUAGCUUUUGCAAUGACUAUUAAUAAAGCUCAAGGACAAACUUUAAAAAAAACGGUUGUCGACCUUCGAAAAGCCGUAUUCAAUCAUGGUCAACUUUAUGUAGCAAUGUCUAGAGUUAGAUCUUGGGAUUCUAUCAAAAUAUAUUUAGGAAAUUAUACACAAACAAGAAAGGUUAAAAAUUAUGUUUACAAAGAAUUAUUCUUGGAAUAA